AUGGCUUCCAGCGCAUCGUGUAUUUUUUGCAAGAUUAUAAAGGGCGAAAUUCCGUCUUUUAAGCUAAUCGAAACAAAAUUAACUUAUUCAUUUUUGGAUAUCCAACCAACGGCUGAAGCUCACGUCUUGGUUAUACCUAAGUACCACGGAGCCAAACUACACAACAUUCCGGACGAGUACUUGAGUGACAUCUUGCCAGUUGUCAAGAAGUUGACGCAUGUUUUGAAGUUGGAUACCAACAACACGCCCGACGGACAAGGCUACAACGUUUUACAGAAUAACGGAAGAAUUGCACACCAGGUGGUUGACCACGUCCAUUUCCAUUUGAUUCCAAAAAGAGACGCCGAGACCGGGUUGAUUGUGGGGUGGCCUGCUCAAGAAACAGAUUUUGCCAAGUUGGGCAAGUUGCAUGAGUCGUUGAAGAAAGAGUUGGAGCAAGUUGAAAAUGAAAAGUUGUAA